GAAGGAACAAUGCCCUUGCUUCGAGGUCCUAGGAAGUGACCUGGAAAGUGAAAGGGCGGAACCAUAGAAGGUUCCGCGCUUCUAACAAAGCAACUGCAAAGGACGUUUAAACCGAAAUUCAGGUAAAAGGGAUAACAACCUCGGAAACUUUGUUGCUUUGUGAGGGAUAUAAUUUGCAGUUGCAACCUCGGAACGAUGUGUCAGUUCCUGACGUUUCAAGCUCUCACCCAAAGAGAGCGGAAGUGGUGGUGUCCUAUAGUUUGCAAUUUGCUGUUUGCUGUUUACAAACUCGGCCUUUACCUUUUCCCUCUUAUCACCCACUCUAACUACAAACCAUGGCUGGCUUCCAUGAGCUGAUCCCGAACGUGGUGAAGAGAAGGAUUAAUGAAACCCGUCCUCUUCUUAAAAUUAGUCAUCCCGAUCGCGAUGCUGUCGAUGUAACAUUUGCUGUUCUCGAUAAUGCCGUCAAUAGGGCAGCCUGGUUUCUCACCGAGAACCUUGGGCCAGAUGAAGAGACAUUCAUCUGGAUGUCGCAAAGCGACGCUCGGUACAUAAUAUGGGCUAUUGCUGCCAUGAAAACCGGCAAGGUAGUGGUGUUUCCGUCCUUGAGCAAUCGAGUAUCGGCCAAUCUUCGACUAUUCGAGACCGUCGGAGCUAAGCACAUGUUCUACGGUCCUGAAUCAUCGGGAACACUCGCCGAACUCAUUGGCAAGGCUAGCCCAACCGUUGCGGCCAGACCAGGAAUACUACUCCAGGAUAUCCUGUCCCCUGAUCUCGUCCCAGACUACCCCUUCGAUAAAACCUUCGAUGAGAUCAAGGAUCAGCGAUUUAUGGGCCUUCACACCUCUGGAACUUCAGGUCAUCCAAAGCCAAUAUGGUGGACUCACGCUCACUUCGAGAACCUGUUCUCGCCAUUAGAGAAGGGCGUCCUCCCCGAAGGCGUUCACGUGGAGAGGCCGACAUGUAGCACUCUCGCUCACCAUGACGUUCUCAUCGUCGGGUCUCAGUCUCAUGCUGGUGCAAUGUACAUAACCAUGGUCUCUCUACACUCCCCUAUGACUGCUAUUCUCAUGCAUCCGGAUGUUCCCAUAAUCCCGGCCAACAUUGCGACCGUCAUCCACCAAACUGGCGCUAACAGUCUAAUCUGUCCACCCGUCCCCAUUGAGAAUAUGCUCAAGUUUCCGGAUGGCAUUGAGGCACUCACCCGCCUCAAGCACGUAGGGUAUGUUGGAGGUCCCAUCAACCCAGUGCAUGGUGCUGAGAUCGCCAAGAUCACACCCCACCUCUACAGUCUCAUCGGCAGUACGGAGGGCGCACUAUUGCACUUGGACUACUCCCCUAAUAGCGAGAACUGGGAUGCGUUGCGCUUUGUAGAUGUAGGGCAACGCAUGGAGGAAGUGUUUCCGGGUCUGUACGAACUUGUGUUUCCGAAAACCGAGGCGAUUGAAAAGGUGUAUUCGUACUUCCGCUCGUACCCGGAUCUGACGGAUGAGUAUCGUACUAAAGACCUGUUCGCCCCGGUUCCUGGGCAACCCGGGUGGUGGCGCUUCCGUGGGCGUACUGAUAAUUGGGUUGCCAUGGCUAAUGGGUACAAGAUGGAUCCGUCUGACUUCGAGGCUAUAGUAUCGUCUCAUCCUGACGUACGUGGCGUUAUCGUGGGUGGCUCGCAUCGCUUCCGGCUUUGUCUUCUCCUCGAGUUACACGAGCACCUUGUUCCGACUAACGCCGAAGAGGCACACUCUGCGCUUGAUAAGCUAUGGCCCAAGAUCCACGAGGCGAACCAAACUUCACCCAAGUUUGGCCAGAUCCCGAGUGAGCUUAUCUUAUUCACAUCCAAGGAAAAGCCGUUCUUGCGAGCGGGCAAGGGGACGAUUCAACGACAGCUUACGUUACAAGCUUACGAGGAGGAAAUCGACGCGUUAUACGAACGGGUCGAAAGUGGGAUCUUGGUUAAUGAUUUGGAUCCUAUCAAAUCCUUGGAUGCGUUGGGGCUAGAACCGGUACUCACGCAGUUGUUCCAACAGGCACUUGAUACAAAAGAUAUCGAUGCUGAGACCGACGUUUUCGCGCGAGGUCUAGAUUCAAAUGGCGUUACGAUUACGAUUUCGAGACUUAAGGCUGCGCUUAGGAAUUACGGCAUCUCGGAAGAUACACUACGCGGGUUGAAUAUCGGACUCAUGUACAGCUCAACUACGGCGGGAUCCUUAGCUAAUACUUUAUCGUCUUAUCUACUCGGCGAAAGUGAGGGGAAGGGGCAUGCGGUAGAUGGUGGCGUAGAGGCUAUGCUAGAUAAAUACAUUCCUCACGCCCGCAACCCGCGCACCCCGCAGACUGUCGUAUUGACAGGCACCACCGGUAGUCUAGGAACAUACCUACUAUCCGCGCUGCAAGCCCUGCCCCGCACCCGGGUUCGCCGCAUCUUCUGCCUGAAUCGCGCUACCGACGCUUCCGCGAAACAAGCCUCUGCCCUCAAGUCCCGCAGCCUGCCCCCGGCCGAUGAAGACUCUGGGCGCGUCGUUUUCCUAACCGUGUCUGACUUCGGCGCACCACACCUUGGAUUAAAUAGUAAGGACUACGAUGCUCUUGUUGCGGAGGCUACAGCUAUCAUUCAUAAUGCAUGGCCCGUGAAUUUCUUGCUCCCGCUUAAGAGCUUCGAACCGAGUAUUGCAGGGCUUGUAAAUUUGUUGGAGAUAGCGAGACAUGGCGUAAAGAACCCCGCGCUGUUCUUUGUCUCAAGUAUUUCGGCGGCUAUGGGCGCCGAGACCCAGGUCCCCGAGGAAGUGCUGGAUAAUCCCAAGGAAUUGGUACUGAAGCAGGGGUAUGCUAGAAGUAAAUAUGUUGGGGAACGUUUACUUGAUAGCUAUGUUAAGGCGACUGGGCGCAGGGCUGCAGUAUUGCGUGUUGGACAGGUCGCAGGGCCGGUGGAGUUAGGUGGAACGUGGAAUAAAUGGGAGUGGUUUCCGAGCCUGGUGCGCAGUAGCAAAUUUCUAGGCAAGUUGCCGAAGACGCUCGGGACGAGUAGUAGGGUCGAGUGGGUACCGGUUGAUGAGCUUGCGAAUAUUAUACUUGAGGUCGUCGAAGAUGUCGGGGAUGAGGAAGCUGUUAAAACGAAUGGCAUAAAUGGGAAGGCGAAAAGCGGGAGUAAAGGCGCGAAGGUGUAUAACCUAGUCAAUCCCUCGCCCGUCACCUUCGCGGACUUACUCCCUGCGUUGAAAGAGAAAGGAAUAGCGAAGGAGGAGACAUCGUUCGAGGAAUGGAUCGACGCCCUCGAGCGCAGUAGCCACGAUCGUGCGGCAAGGAAGACUAGCGCGGAAGAUAAUCCCGCAGUCAAGUUGUUGGACUUUUACAAGUCGCUUGUGCCGAGGGGUAAGAGUAACGGAGCUGUGAAUGGGAACGGAAAUGGAGCGAGCGAAGAGGGCGCUGGCGAGGACGAUUAUACGUGGCGCGUGGAGAAUACGCUGCGCGCGAGUCCGACGGCGAGGGAGCUGGAGCCGGUGAAUACGGAGUGGGUGAAGCUGUGGGUUGAUCGAUGGGGAUUUUGAAAUUCCUAUUUGCCUAGGUAGGCAAUGAAGGGUAGGACAGGUAUAUAUCACACAUAUAAGAUAGGUAUGAAUAUGGCGGAUUUUACGAUGUAUUGGUAGAAUGGGAGAAGUGCAUGUAAAGAGACCUCAUCAGUUUUGGAAUGGAUUUCACAUGUUCACAUCUAUAACGCUCUUAACUUGACAUACCGGUAUCCAACUCCUAGCAUAAAUGCCUAACAUUGCCACUGUGGAGGAGAUACAUGUUUAUCCAAUUUUGUUUCUAUUAAUCUAUUAUGCAAA